AAAAAAAAGAAAAAGACUAAAAAUAUCACUUUUGUUGUAAUAUUAACGUGUGAAAAUACUUAAAUAAUGGAGAAAAUUUAGAAAAGUUUAGGGGGAAAGUCUCCCCCAACCAAACACCCCCUAUUUUCCUGUUGUUGGUCCUUUUUUCCACAUGAGAUUUCCUUUGGAAUCAGGCAUUAUAUAAUUCUUUUAUGCUACAGAGAGUUUAGCAAUAGCUGCUACAUGUUGAACUAAGAAUGCCAAUGAAACAGGAAAAUGUUAAUUUUGUUGAGGCACAGCUUGUAGCAGGGAAUCCUGAAAUUGCUCAUGAGUACAGCUAAUAUUCAUAUUAUUGCAACAACAAAAAAAAAAAAAUGCCCUUUCUUGCAUAUUCCUAAGAAAGAGUUUAUAUGUUAACAAUGUUGCUCCACAUCACUUCAAUAAGGAAUAUCUUCAAUCUAACACUUCUCUUGUGGUUGAUGCAGCCAUUUGGUCAAGUUCCAGCCUUUGAGCAUGGAGACUUUAAGGUUUUUGAAUCAAGGGCAAUCACUCAAUACAUUGCCCAUGAGUUCUCCAACAAGGCAACUCAACUGAUAUAUCCAGGCUCUAAGAGUAUGGCAACCCUUGCAGUGUGGAUGGAGGUGGAAGCCCACCAGUAUGAUCCUGCUGCUUCAAAGCUGGCCUGGGAACAAUUUUACAAGCCCUUGUUUUUCAUGGUGACAGACUCUGCAGCUGUGGAGGAAAAUGAAACUAAGCUGGCUAAAGUUCUAGACAUCUAUGAGACUCGUUUGUCUCAGUCAAAGUACUUGGCUGGUGAUAGCUUCAGCUUGGCUGAUAUGCACCACAUCCCAGUUACACAAAUCUUGGUGGGGACACAAUCGAAGAAGCUGUUUGAAUCACGUCCCCAUGUCAAUGCAUGGGUUGCUGAUAUCACAGCAAGGCCAGCCUGCUCUAAGUUCCUUGCCAUGCAAAAGCAAUGAGGAUUUUACCACAGCCUAGCUACUGCUUGAUGCUCAUUUUGCAUUCACAAAUAAAAGCCUAUGUUUCUACCUUUUGUACUUUGAUUUUGGUUUGGUCUUUGAAGAUUGUAUUUCUCUGUUGCCAUGCACUGUGUUGCUGGUGUCUUAGCCUUUAAUCUUCAAGUUGAAGGAACCAAGUUUCUGUUAUAACUACAUUUGAGAAUAAUAUUAUGUUAUCUUC